UUUUCGAACGAUAGUCUCCAGGAUGAAACAAUUGAUAGAAACUUUUAUCAAGAGAGUUCAUUAUCUGCAGUCGAGACUGUUUAUGAAGUUGAAUAUCUCAAUGUAAUUCCUGGAAAUACGAAAAUGGAAAAUUUUACCAUCAUUGAAUCGUGUGAUAACAACGAUUCCAAUGAUCCUGACGAUCUAACUCAAGAAUGCCAAUUUACAGAUCUCGAAACUUUAUCAGAAAGCAUGCAACAGGAUUCCGAAGCUUCCGAUAUCAUUAAAGAAAACAUUGAUGAACAAAAGCUAGCAAAUCAAUCGCAAGUGCCCAGUAGCAAUAAAAAUCGGAAGCGACAUGUGAAAAAUCAACAAAAUAAUGAAGAGCAAUGCGCCGUUUGUGGCAAGUUAGUCAAGACGAAGAUGAAACAUCAUAUGCUACGGCACUCUGCUCCGGAGGGACGUCCCUUUCGAUGUGAGCAAUGCGACAAAGCCUAUUCAUUCAAGCGUAGUCUAGCGGAUCAUGUAAGACAGGUCCAUAAAAAAAUUCGCCAUCGAUGUGAAGUGUGCGAGAAAGAAUUCGUUAGUCGGGAUGUUCUGCGAGUACACAAAAAAUUGCAUUUGAAUGAAACUUACCGUUGCGAUAUCUGCCGGCAAGCAUUCCAACAGCUUAUGUAUCUUCGUAAGCAUAUGGCAAUGCACGAGGGGAAACGAUUCGGCUGUAACAUCUGUGGAAAGAGUUUUCGAUUCAAGCAGCUUAUGAAACAGCACAUGCGAGUUCACACGGGAGAGAAACCGUUCCAAUGCAACCUGUGCAGUAAAAAAUUUCGAACAUCUAGCCAUCUCAAACAGCAUCACAGAACGCACACGCAGGCCAAAGUAUUCCAGUGUAAACGAUGUUCCGAUGUAGCGUAUGCCUGUAAAAAAUCGUUGGAUAGACACAUUGCACUGGAGCAUCCCGGAUUGUAAAAAGUAUUCUGUCUGCAAAAGAAUUAUGAAAACUUGCUGCGUUAGAGUGCCUGUAAGAAGAGUGACGACAUAUUAUCCGUAAUGUUGGCAACGACUUAUUUAAUUUAACAUAUAUUGUAGCCGUCUGUAAUGCAUAUAACCCUAUUUAUUUUACAAAAAUAUGCUAAUUUUUACCGGACGAUCAGUUAUACGUUACAAUGACCAUACAUCCAGUUCGUGCUCGCAUCUCACACGACGCAGUCGAAAAUCAUUUACGGUAGAAACAAAGACAAUACAGAGCAGUGAUCAAUAGAGUGUACGGAAUGGUCAAAUACGAUUUAACAAAGCGGGAAUCUUGGCAUACAAGACCAAAUUUAAUUUGUAUAGAAAUUGAAAUCUUACUUAAAGAACGAAUGCAUCUAGACGCUAAUAAAGUAACUGAGAUUCAAUUCAACAAGGCGUCUAACUGUGUGUACAUUAUGUUUAAACGUGAAAGCGAUGCAAUUGCAUUCGCUUCGGUUAACAACGAGGUGCACAGUGUUGAGUGUGAUAACAUUGAAUACAAAAUCCCUGUGCACAUGGUGGACAAUGCCAUAGAAGUACGCGUGCAUGACCUCCCCCCGCAGGUCACCGAUCAGUACGUUCGGGAGAAUAUGUCGCGGUACGGUGCAAUCCUUUCCAUCGAAAGGGAAGUAUGGCGGAAUUUUUUUCCCCGGUAUCCGGAAUGGCGUGCGAGUGGUACGUAUGCAUCUACGUAAGGCAAUUCCAUCUUACAUAAUUUGUGGUCAAGGUGGGACACAUGCGUGUAAAACGAUUACCUAUGAAAAUCAGCUGGUUGGAUGCCAGUUUUGUAAACAACCUGCACACUACGGUAAACCUUCCACCGAAACUGCGAAAAGGACAUCUUCAACCAAAGACAAGAUCAACCGUUCAACAAUGGAAACUAGUGAGCGCAGUACUCCUGUUUCACCAUCAAACCAACCAGCAACUGCAACCAAUGUACAACAAGGCGCAUCUACAGUAACUAGCAACGAGCUCAAGACUGCGAACAUCAAGGAAAACGAAAAAAAGACGGAAAUCAACAACAAAACCACAGAUGCGGCAAUAGAUGACGAGACGAGUCACGAACAAAGUGCCCCUCAACCCACGCAGGAGGGUAAUGGAAGCUCCUCUCCUCCUAGAAAAAGAGUGACAACGAGAUCCACUUCAAAAAAUACAUUAUUUAAAAAAUCGCCUAAUUUGGCCACGUAAAGCUUGUACGCAAAUAGGCCUGAAUAAAAACAAUAAAUAAUGACCAUA